ACAAAGACCCUUUUUUUUUUUUUUUUGGGUGGAAAAGAAACAAAGACCUUGAUACUUUGAUUGAUUGAACACUUUAAAAACCCAAAACUCUCACGUUGUAAACGCUGUCUGUCUCCUCAAAGCUCUUUCCGAUUUCUGCAGCAAUUAAUUUGUCCAAUACUUUUGAGGGCUUUGGAGGAGGGAAGCAAUGCCGAAGGGUUCUAAGAGCAAGUGUGGGUCGGCAUCGCACCAGCUCUUGAAGGAGAAGGCGAAGAACAGGGUGAAUGAUCUUGAAGGGAUGUUCACUGACCUCCAGUCUGCAAGGAAGGAGCGGCGAUCUAAUGACAUUGCGGUUUUGGAGGAGCGAGUACAUCAGAUGUUGCGAGAGUGGAAAUCCGAGCUCAAUGAUCCGUCCCCGGCUUCCUCUUUAGUUAGUGGUAGUCUUGGAUCAUUUUCAGAGGAAUUAGAACAGCUAAUGCAACAGUGGGGCGAGGAAGAUGAUGCAACUAGUCCAUUAAAAGAACUGGCACCAUUGAAACGUGAAGUUGAUCUUCAAAACUUUCAUGACAGCGAUUUAACAGCAUUUCCAGAGGAUUGUUUUAUUAAUGAACAGCCCAAAGAAGAUGGUUUUCAAGGUUUUGAUCAAUGCAAAGCCUCUGUUUCAAGUGUUCACAACAAGGUUGUUAAUAACUCACAGUUUACAAAUCAGUUGGAUAGUCAUCAGUUCAAUAUACUGCAGGACUUUGAGCAGAUCACAGGGGUUAAUAACUCAAAUUUGAGUACUCAGUUGGAAUGUCAUCAGUUUGAUUUACAUCAAGACUUUGAUUAUGGGCUUCUCAUUGGAGCCAAUGACACUGAACAGUGUGAACAGGAUACUAUGCCCAACAUUAUGCCAAAUAUCUGCCCUCCACCAUCUGCUUUCUUGGGACCAAAAUGUGCUCUAUGGGAUUGUUUCAGGCCUGCUCAAGGAUCUACAUUGUGCCAAGACUAUUGCAGUAGUGGUCAUGCUGUUCUAGCAUUAAAUGAGGGUCUCCCUGGCAUGACUCCAAUUUUGCGACCUGGAGGCAUUAGUUUGAAGGAUGGUCCAUUAUUUUCUGCUCUUAGUGCUAAGACACAUGGAAAGGAAGUGGGCAUCCCUAAAUGUGAAGGUGCAGCUAAUACAAAAUCUCCGUGGAAUGCUCCUGAGCUAUUCGAUCUUGCUUUCCUUGAGGGUGAAACAAUUAGGGAGUGGCUCUUUUUUGACAAGUCUAGAAGGGCAUUUGAGAGUGGAAAUAGAAAGCAGAGGUCAUUGCCAGACUAUAAUGGACGUGGUUGGCAUGAAUCAAGGAAGCAGGUGAUGAAGGAAUAUGGUGGGCAGAAGAGGUCCUAUUACAUGGAUCCACAGCCUCUUAACUGUCGUGAAUGGCAUUUAUAUGAAUAUGAGAUCAGCAACCAUGAUGCUUGUGCAUUAUAUAGAUUGGAACUCAAGCAUGUUGAUGAAAAGAAGAGUCCUAAAGGGAAAUUGACAAACGAUUCGCUUGCUGAUCUGCAGAAGAAGAUGGGAAGGCUCACUGCUGAAGGUUCUCCAGAUAAUGGACACCCCAUUAAGAGCAGGACAAAGGUUAAUAAAAGGCCUGAUGCGGGAAAUGCUAAUUUUGCUCAAAAUCAGACCACCUUGAACUCCGAAUCACUGACUGAUGGUUUAAGUGCUCCAUGAAAUAAUCCAUGACUGCUAUGGUACAUAUUUGAGGAGUCUUGCCUGCAUAUGGAAACUAGUACAUAAGAUAGACGAGGCUGAAUCAACUUUUCACUGUAGAAACUGGUGGAAUUUCUGAACUGUGCUGACAUAUAAAUGAUAGUUUGUUUCUGGUGAUCAACCGCAUGAGCCCCCCUUUUGUUACCAGGGGACAAUUCUGCUUGCUAUAUUACCUGUCUAGAGGUUCGUUUUGGAUUUCCCUUUUUAAGCUGGUGGGUAUACUAUAAUUUCUGAUUGACAGUUAACAUAUAGUCCUAUAGGCUUCUUCUACUUCCAAUGAGUUUCUAAACCAUGGGGUUGGUGCUAGUGAAGAUUGCUAGAAUUGUAUAGGGGAAGGGAAAUUGUUUCUGUAUUUGCUUCCUCCCUGCAUCUUGCUGGUUCAUUUUGUAGGUGAUGGGACACAAAAUAUUUAAGAUUAUGUUCAGGAAAUUUAUUUUGCUGGCUGUACCA